AUGUCUGACGCACUUCCUUUGCCCUUCAGAUACCAAUUCGCCGCCGGUGCGGUGGCUGGGAUCUCAGAAAUCCUGGUGAUGUACCCAUUGGACGUGGUGAAAACCAGAAUGCAGCUGCAGGUGAAAGGCGGCUCUGGACCCGUCUACAACGGGGUGGUGGACUGUCUGAAGCAGAUCGUGGCCCGCGAGGGUGCCUCCCGUCUGUACAAAGGUAUCUCAUCGCCUGUGCUUAUGGAGGCUCCCAAAAGAGCCACCAAGUUUGCCUGUAACGACGAGUUUCAAAAGCUUUACAAGCGCGAGUUUGGCGUCGAGAAACUCACACAGGGACUCAGUGUGUUGAGUGGUGCAUCUGCCGGGUGCUGCGAGGCCUUCGUCGUCGUUCCCUUCGAGCUGGUCAAAAUUAGACUCCAGGACGUCAGCUCCAGUUACAGUGGACCCAUCGAUGUCGUGCGUAAGAUCAUCGCUCAAGAAGGUGUGCUUGCCAUGUACAACGGGCUCGAGUCCACACUGUGGCGUCACGGUGUCUGGAACGCGGGUUACUUCGGUGUCAUUUUCCAAGUGCGUUCGCUCUUGCCCAAGGCGCAGACGAAAUCGCACCAGAUCGGAAACGAUUUGAUCGCAGGUAGCAUUGGUGGUACAUUCGGAUCGCUAUUGAGCACUCCCUUCGACGUGGUUAAGUCACGGGUGCAAAACACCGCCGUUGUUGCUGGUCAAGCCCGUAAGUACAACUGGUCCUGGCCCUCAACGUUGACCAUUUACAAAGAAGAAGGAUUCGCCGCCCUCUACAAGGGUUUCGUGCCCAAGGUCUUGAGAUUGGGACCUGGAGGUGGUAUUCUGCUGGUGGUGUUCACCGGAGUUAUGGACUUUUUCAGAGACUAUCACUACAACCGUUGA